CUUUAUGUGGCUAUAAGAAGUCGGAAGAAGCAGCGCUUAAGAAUCACGCAGCACCGUUCUUCCUCAUCAUCUACACCCGCAUCAACCAAAUGCUCUUCAUCAUGCACUAUCUCAAAGUUACCUUACCUACCGUGUGGGCACUUCUGUAUACCACUUCCGCACUUGCCAAAACAAACGUGUUGACAGGAGGAACCAUCAUCGCCUACGACGAAGCAACCAAGCUUCCGAAAGUGAUCCGUGGGGGAACCCUCGUGCUGGAAAAUGACCGAGUGUCACAGAUCUUGGAGCAGUCUUCAACUAAUGGCACAUUCUCCAACAGCAGCGAUACCGAAGUGAUUGAUUGCACAGACAAAAUCAUCACUCCAGGCUUCAUCGAUACCCAUCGCCACGGUUGGCAGACCGUCUACAAAACUAUGGCCUCCAACACGACGUUGGGCGAAUACUUCUCUCGACUGAGUGCGUUCGUCUCCCAGCCUUACUUCACGCCAGAAGACGUAUACAUUAGUCAAAAGGUUGGUAUUUUGGAAGCUCUCAAUGCCGGUACGACGACGAUACUGGAUCAUGCCCACCAUACAUGGACUCGUGAACAUGCCGCAGCGGGCUACAACGGGACAGUGGACAGCGGAGCUAGGGUUUACUUUGCAUAUACCUUUCAGAAUGUGUCCGGCUUCUCGGUUCAAGAUCAGUUGAGUCAUUGGCGGGAGCUAAAUGCUCUCAAUGCGAGUAGUCUUACUACUCUCGUCAUGUCGUACGACGACUUCUCCGCCAACACAUACGGGAAGGACACUCAGGACAUGGUGAAGCUUGCCUUGUAA